AUGGCCGCGCCACCGACCUUGCUCCUUCGCGACGAAAUCGUGUCGACAGUGGCGUCCAUCACGUCCAGCGACUACAAUUUCCGAGACCACGAGCUCGUCGUGACCAACGGAGCCGUCCUGCAAGUGUACACCGGGCUCGCAUCCGACGAAGUGCAACUGCGGCAUACGUGGCACGCUCAAGGCGGUGAAGCGUUUGUCCGGGUGGUGUACGUGGAAUGGACGAAUGCGUUCGUGGUGUUUUGCGUCGUGGGUCCUGCUCUUCAUCGACGAUUGCUCCAACUAGGGGCCGUUGGCUACGCCUUCGACGACCUUGGCGUGUUGUGUCACGAAGGAACACUGCUGGAUGUGGCAAUGAACCACAAUGUCCACGAGCUCGUCACGACCGAUUCCGUCGGGGGCAUCCGCAUGUGGUCCAUUCGUAGCGCCAGCGUGUCGGGUGACGCCGCCCGCCGCGGUGGUGUUCUCAGCAACGGCAGCGGUUUGCAUGACGCUGUAGGCAACCAGGGCGGGACAACGGGGGGCACGGCCAGUAGCCCCCCCAAGAAGCUCGAGUGGCAUCGAUGCCCCACCCGUCUGCAUGUGCAAGAUGCCAAGAACACGACAUGGCAUGUGCUGUGCGUCGACACACAGCACCAACGAAUUGUGGCAGCGUCGAGCUGCGCCAUCAAAGUCUUUGACGCGUUAUCUGGAGCAGUGCUUGCAAAAUGCCGCCACGCAACCAGAGCGCCUGCACCGCACGUUCGACAGCUUGUUUACGUUCCCCACGUGCACCAUGUCCUGGCCAUUGGCCCGCGCGGCGUCGACGUGUGGGAUGUGUCGAGUCUCAAGCUAGACCCGACCUAUAUGGAUGUGCAUCCGUACCAAAAUGCCCAUGAACGCGUCGAUGGUGGUGGCGCUGACGACGUCAUGAGCUGCUGCCUCACGCACACGCCGUCGGCGUAUGCAACGAAACCGGGGCUGGCCGCCGUCGUCAUUCUCACUGCCUCGUCCAAAGUCAUGGUCGUUCCAUGCGGAGAGCUGGAUCGACAUGCCAUCAUCCCACCGCUGUCGUUUCAGCUGAAGUCGUUGCAGUUGCCGAUGGAUGCAGUCGCGGAUGCAUGGGCCAUGCCCCCGCCCAGCCUGGCCCCUCCGACGAGGGACGGCACGGCGGGCUUUGUUUUUGCCAAUGCCCAGUACUCGGCGCGCGAUUUUGUGAUACUUGUGCAAACCCACCCUGACGGAAGUUGCAUUCGCGUCGUGGAAGUCCUCUCGGCGCGGUCCACGUCCCGCAUGCUGACUUCGUCGUCCAAGUUGUUCAGCCUUCGGGAAAUUUCGUUCACACUGCCGUCGCCGCCCCAGCGCGGCCACGUUCCACGUCGAGGGUACUCUCUCUUUGGAGGAACUGCAGUCGCCAAGUCGGUGCAACUUUUCGAAGACGUCGCGCUGCCGGUGUGCCAACUGGCCCUUCCCCGCCAUGAAGGAGUCGAUUAUCAUGGGCUGGACACAAACGGAGCCGCGCCCGACCCGGUCCUUUGCUUUCUCGAGUACUCGGCAUACCUGGCAAAAGUCAUCGUCGGGUGGUCGGACGGCGUCCUCGACUUGUUUUCGCUCAACGGACAGCGGUGGCGCUUGCUCAAGCGGCCUUCAGGAGUCAUGGCCGAUUGUGUGGGCACGGUGCAGCUACCCAACGCGGUUGUGGCGCUGGUGGCUGGGGACGCCGACGGAUUGCUCGACACUUGGUUUAUCGAGCCGCAUGCCUCGACAUUCUGCGGCAGCAUCGCGGCACACUCCGAACCCAUUGUGUCCAUUCAAGUCCCGGCGGCACUGUCGUAUCCCGACAGCGAUAGCAACGAGAGCGGCAUCGCACCGAGGUCUCCGGCGUCCCAGGCCACGCCAUGUCGACCGUGCAUGGUUACGACAGCAUUUGACGGGCAAAUCAAGGUUUGGGAAUGGAUGGUGGAGGCUCCGAUAUCUGCAGUCGACGGCACCCACAUGGACACCACGCGGUGGCGCCUCGCCGGGCUCUUCAAAACCCACUCGAUCCAUGUGUCCGUCGCAAAACUCGUGAACGGAAGCCACUUGUGUUGCGGGUGCGAAACUGGCGCCGUCGAGUUGUGGGCGCUGCCACGGCGUUCCAGCAAAGGCGCAACCAGUCUCGGCACGUCCAAGAAAGCCGUCCUGUUCUGUCCGGCGGCCCACUGCAGCGCUGUCUCGGAUGUAGCGGUGUACCGCAGCGACGGUUCGACUGGCGAUCCUGACUUUACGCUUGUGGCCACGAUGGCUCGGGACCACACGAUCCUGUUUUGGUACUUUGUCGGGGACAUCUGCGUGCCAUUUCGACGCAGUCUCCUCAGCGCCAACCCUUGUGGAGGGUAUUUCUCCACGGCCGCGACUCCGAAUGCACUGAGUUUUCUCUGCUGCGUUGGCACCGGUGUCGAUCGCGUCCUCGUCCUGCCUCGACUACAGCGACAAAUUCUCGCGCUCGUGGUCGAGGCUGCCAACCACCACUUGUUGCGACCUCCGCCCGACCCGUCCUCGCCUGGCACAAUAUGCAACGAAGAGGGAUACCCACCGAUGGACAUCCCUGUGCAACUGACGAUGCCUACCGUGCAUAUGCACGUGAUGCCAAGCGACGAGGUGGCGGAAGCAGUCGCUCGCUUGUCCCCUGGGUCGCCCCAGCGCCACCACCAGAGUCACCCCCCGACUCGGCACUCGACGUUCGUCAACUUAUCGCAUGAACAAGACGUGCUGGCGGUGCCAAUGCACAUGAGCGAGUCGACACCCGCGACUCCUUCCGACGGGAGUGGCCAUCCCAACGGCAUGGCCGCCCAAGUCGACUCGCCGCCACCCGGCUGGGCGCUCCAUGGCCAGUACAUUCGACGUAAGUCGACGCCACUACAAAUGACGGUGGUGCCUCGAGCAUACCGAGACAUAUCGAAGCGCACGAACGCUCCACGCGUGUAUCGGCAGCCCCCGCCGUCGACGAGGAACGUCCGCGAGGUUCGGCCACUUCGUGCUGGCAUUGUGUCUGCCUUCGGGAUCCUCUCGUCCAGCGAAGACGACCAGCACAACGUGCCAUCGCCGCCUCGCCUCCAGCAGCGCCGGCACGCCGUUUUGGCCCCCAAGGCUUCGGGGGGUGUUGCAGAUAAAGGAGCCGACUACAGUGCCAAGAUGGCCAAGAAUGUGCAUGUGGUCGAGCUGGCAACGCGCCCCGCAUCGAAUCCUCGAGCUCCCCUCUUUUGGCUCGACGCUCACGGCGAUCGCCCGUCCACGAGCCAGACCGGUGCUGCCGACGUCAACUCGUCGCAAGGUCCCCACCACGAUGCCGCCAACGAGUUUGAUGUGGACUCGCUCUUCAUUCCAUGGGACGAUCUGUCCCCCGCCCAGCAGUUUGUCGAGAUUCAAGCGAGUUUGAUGACGACCGCAGUCCGACACCUCUGCGCGGAUGCUGGCCUGGACUUGCCGCCGUCCUGUUUUGAUCUCGACAUGCCGUCGAAUGUCCCCGACAAAGUCCUGUACCACAAGUACACGUUUUGGUACGCGCGGAAGUCGCCGCAGGCGCGGUCGACGUUUCUCCGCCAAGAGCUGCUCUUUGCGACGGAAGACCCCCACGUCGUCGAAAGUGCACUCAGCCACGGCAUUGCGAUCCCCAAACGAACAGACCGCGACAGCGUCAACAGCUCCAGCCCCAUGUUUUACCGGUGGUGCCGGUACGUGGCAUGGUAUUGCCGCGGGUUUGUCCUCCAGCACCACCACCUGGACGCGCUUGGGGCCGUGGAUUUCUCGGCAACUCCGCACUACUCCCAGCGUUUGGUCGAUCGCACGGUGCUGUUGCAGAAUCGAUUGCGCGAGGUCGAUGUCGCGCUGCAGAGCUUUGCCAAGCUCCAGGCGAAAGAGAUCGCCAAGCAGCAGACGAUCCUGAACGCCGCCGCGAUCAUGUUGAACAAGCUCAACAAAGCGACGGCCGUGAAACCCGUCCUGCCGCCGGAAUUGAGAUCGCUCGACGUCGACUUUUUCAAAGCCAUUGCUCUGCCCAACGGACAAGCCGUCGACUUUGUGCCGUGGGAGUCGCUCACGUUGAUGGAGCAACAGAAGGAGCUCGCGGUCGCCAUGCAUGACGGUGUUGUGCGUUGGCAAGCGAUGAAGGCGCAUAUUUCCAUGCCGCACCUGGCGUCGGCGAUUGUGUCGGAUGAUGUGGACGAAAUCCAAUUGACAAACCAGUGCGCGGCCUUUAUCACGUGGUGGUCGACGCCCCACAACGCAGCGCGGAUCCAAUUUCUCAAAGCAGAAGCCCACGAAGCCGCCAAGAACGCGUCGGUGCAAGCGGCUGCAUCGCAGGCGGGUGUCGACUUGGCCUUCCAUGAUGCCAUUCGCAUGUUUACGCACCGUCACCACGAGCCGUCGCCGUCGCCGUCCAGCGCCUACCACGACUGGUACUUUGGCGUGACGCACGCCGCCGAGUCGGCACGCGUUGCCUUUCUCAAGCAAAAGAUGAUGAUGCUGCAGCGGCAAAAACGAUUUGAGCUGGUGCUCGAGUUGGGGCGGCUCCCACCCCCCGUGCUGUAUGUCAUGACGCCAACGCCGUUGAUCUCGCACGACACCGACAUCGUGCCGGCGGUAGCGGCGGUCGAGGUCGAGCUAGGCGCGGACGACGGAGUGGCCGGUGAGGGCGGUGUGCACGCAAGUGCGCAAAGUCCAACGGCGGUCGGCGUCGAUGCGGACGCUUUGGAGCGGGAGAAGGCGCUGAGAGAGCAGUGGGAAGCAGCUCAGUUGGUGUGGAACCGCAGGCAAAUGGAAAGCGAAGAUGACGCAGCGCGUGUGAUGCGUCUCAUGGACGACGACGAUGUCGGUGACGACGAGGCCCCGAGCCCCCGUGAGCGCCCCGAGCGGGACUACACUAUCUCGUACUUUUUCAACACGAUGCCAGGCCCGAGGGAGGCCGCGGCCGUGGCGGCCACCGGAUGGGCGUCUGGCUGUGGGCUGGACAACGGCGACGAAGAGGUCGAAGAGCGUGAGAUACGGGAAGCGGAGCGCCUUCGCCAACUUGAGCUGGACGCGCUUGACCGUGCUCGAAUUGCCGAAGAGGAGCGAGUGGCGGCGCUACUGUUGGCAGAACAGCUUCGGGAAGAUGAGCGAAAGGCGCAGAAGCGAGCGCGUCAAGUCGAAGUCAAGCGGAUUCUGACGUGGCAGCGAGAUGAGGCGAUGCGUCGAGAAGCUGAAGCGAGCCAGAAACGCAUGGAGCUGGACAGCGCUGCGAUGGCGCACGAAGAAAUACAUUCGCGGCAGGCGUGGCUCCAACUCGAGCAAGCGCGGCAGCACAUGGCAACGAUGGACUUGGAAUCGGCCGAGUGGGCCAAACAACGCCAGGAGCAACAGCAGCAACGGGUGGCCAGGCUCGCCAGUGACCGGCGGAACAUGUUGCGCGAAGAUGGGCGGUCGCGAGAUGCUGCCGAGUACGCCGACGAAGCAGCCCGCCAGGCUGCCGACAAGGAAGCGUUUUUGCGCGAGUUGUACACGCCAUUCGAUCCGUUCUUCCCUGACACUGACUGCCGCCGAUGCCUUCGAACGUCAUCGUCAACGAUGCGCCCGACCGCCGGCCACGACCACCGCCGGCCCAUGACGCAGCAUGCUGCGAGCAAGCUCGUUUCAGGGCACUACGCCGUGCCUUUCUACAGUGCCAUCGAGCUGUCAUCUCCAGAGACCGAAGUCUACCAAGCCCAGCCGUCGCAAAAGUUUCAAGCGCUGUUGGGGCUGUCCGUUCAGUAUCGCAGACCACCUACAUCGCAUAGUCAAAACGUCGCCGCGUCGUUGGAGACGCUCUCAAGGGCCCGGUCGGUUCCCGGCCUUCCCCGACCCCACAGCAUGGGCGACGUGCCGAUCCCGUUCGUUGGGUCGAGUCGACGUCCCCCGUCACGCAGCUCGAGGCCGCGAACACAACCGUUCGCGGCGGCGUUCCCAAGCGACUCUAUCGAUUCCGUGCCAUCCCGUCGAUCGAAAAAACACCGGCGGCGCAUUCUCGCGGAGGCGACGCAGUUGACCCCGUUAUCCCCCCAUCUCUCGCUCCACAACAACCAACAAGAGUCAGCCCCACCGACGCAUACACGCACGAUCACCCGUCUUCGUCAGCCCGUCCAGGACCAGGCGGCCAUGUAUCGCCAAUUGAGUGUGCCGCCGCCAUUUUUCCGAGGCAACAUGGCAGUGGUCGGUCAAAAGCCAACUACCGCCCCCAGUGCCAACGGCGGAAGCUGCAAAACGAACGACACCACGACGGCCGCGCCGCUGCUUGUGAUCGUCCCUCACGGUACACCGCUUUCCGCCACGCAGCCCCGAAUCAUCGAUCCCCCGACCACUCGCCACUCGGAAGACUAUGGCUUUGGUCGCCCUGACCACGACGACAAGCAGUAGGUGGGGUGGUAUUUGCAAAACGUUUUGAGAGCGGCAGACAGCAAAUGGCGGCGAAUUCGGACAACGCAAAGCAAGGGAUAAGCAAAGCAAGGGAUAAGAGUGAAAGGUGCGAUAUCGUCUACGGUUUAGCUGCCGACGACGCUUGAAAUUCCUCUCGACCUCGCUUGACACAGUCCUGGAAUCGCUUCUUGAUCAACUUGUCAUCUGGCGCGAGCUGCAUUGCCGCCCACAUCGCGCACGCCGCGUCUUCGUAACUGAAUGGCACAACUGUGAGUACUUGGAGGCUGAGCCAAGAUGAAUUCGUACCGCUUCAGCGCUUCCAGGCAUUGGCCUUCGCGGAAUAGCGCCUUGGGCCAGUCGGGCUUGAG